UUCAUAAUUGUAUUUUACAGGAUUAAUGGAAAAAUCAAAUGUAGAUAAGCAAAAUAUAGGAAUUGAAGUUAUAUUAGAAGAAAUCCAAAAGACUCAUAUUCUUCCGUAAGGAGUUUCAAUCUCUUGAUGAUUCAUUUAAGUUUUAUCUUGAUUAUAUGCUCAUCGUAAUGGUUAGUGUGCGUCAUGAUUUUACAUAUUGUUACCUUGUUCAACUGUAUGUAAUCAUUGCACAUUCUUAGAAACCUAUCUUUCUUUCUUUACGAAUAAUGAUGAUGUGCCUCGAUCAAAUAAAAAUUUUAUCGAGUAAAUCUUGCAACCUGUUUUAGUUCCUUCAACUCUGUCGAAGCCAUACAAUGAUAUUGGCUAUGUAUCAAGAGUCAAAUCAAUACCAAACGAGAUGUGUUUUUAAAAUUCGUCGAAGCCAUACAAUAUAUAUCAAUUUUUAAAAUUUGUCAAUAAUUCAAAUGUGUUUUUAAUACUUUCUUUCUUUAUAAAAUCUAGGACCAAACGAGAGCUCAGUAUCUUCUUGCAAGUCAAAGUGGACAACCUCAAGGAAUGAUUUGACAUAUAAUGAUUUUAAGAACACCUGCAAAUCACCUAUUCUACAACAUAAGAAGGGGAGCAAAUAUAUUAUCCUACCAAAUCUUUUAUCAUUGUUUCAAAAACAAAUAUAAUGAAUCAAAUAACAUUAAUUUAGACUUGUUACAUCAAAAUGGUCUUCUUCAUGACCAAUUUGGCCUCAAUCAAAUCAUCUCCACUUGUGCAAAAAUGGGUUCUUUUUCACUUGGAAUUCAAACCCAUUGCCAGAUUAUUAAAAUGGGGUUUGAUUCAAAUGUAUUUAUCAACACCGCUCUUGUUGAUAUGUAUGGAAAAUGUGGUUAUGUUAAAGAAGCAGAGCAACUGUUUGAUGAAAUGCCUGAAAGAAAUGUUGUGACAUGGAAUGCUUUGAUUUCUGGUUAUUUGGACACCCAUUACCCUGAAAAUGCGAUUGUGUUGUUUCUUGAUAUGUUGAGAGAGGGUAUUAGACCGACCCCGUCGAGUGUUUCGGCUGUGUUGGUUGGUUCUGCUCAGUUAGAAGCAUGUGAAAUUGGGGCUCAGUUGCAUGGUUUGAGUUGGAAAGUUGGUUUUGCUUUGAAUCUUGUUGUAGGGACUGUUUUGAUUGAUAUGUAUUUGAAGUGUUUUGAUCUUGAGACUUCGAGGAGAGUUUUCGAUCAAAUGACUGAAAGGAAUGUUAUUACUUGGACAUCAAUGGUUACUGGUUAUGCGCAAAAUAGUUGCCCUUUUCAAGCCCUGAUUUUGUUCAAGGAAAUGUUGAGGUUGGGAAUUAGAGCUAAUUAUGUUACCUACACGAGUUUGUUAAGCUCGUUUUCUUGUUCAGAUUACUUGGUUCAUUGUGAGCAGGUGCACUGUCAUGUAAUACAUCAAUGUUGUAAGACUAACCAUUACUUGGUGGUAUCGUUGUUGUCUGCUUACUCAGGGUGUAGUUGUAGCUUAGAGGAUUUCCGUAAGUUGUGUUCUGACGUUGUGAAAUGGGAUGAGAUCUCCUGGAAUGCAGUUAUUUCCGGUUUCUCUAAUUUAGGAGUCGGUGGAGAAGCGUUCUCCUGCUUUUCAAGAAUGAGGCGAUCUGGUUUUACUGUUGAUCAUUACACUUUUGCGAGCAUUUUGAAAGCAAUAGGGUGCAUUUCAGGCCUGGAGGAGGGAAUGCUUAUCCAUUGUCUAGCUCUGAAAACAGGAUAUGCUUCUGAAGUUAUCAUACAAAAUGGGGUUCUAUCCAUGUAUACAAAGUGUGGUAGACUUGAAGAUGCCGAGAAUAUAUUCUCAUCAAUGGAGGAACGAGACCUCAUAUCGUGGAACUCACUUCUUACAGGGUGUGCACAUCAUGGUUAUGGUAGUGAUGUGAUUGUAAUGUUUGAAGAAAUGAGGAGAUGUGGUAUUAAACCAGAUCUAACCACAUUCCUUAUUGUUCUUUCGGCAUGUAGACAUGCUGGCCUGCUCGACGAAGGGCUUAAAUAUUUUGAUCUGAUGAAGAAUGACAAUUCUCUACCACCAACAAAGCUAGAGCAUUAUGCUUGCAUAGUCGACCUGUAUGCCCGUGCUGGUCAUCUACAUGAAGCAGAGGACUUCAUCAACAAUAUGCCAAUAGAACCAGGACCUUCGGUUUAUAAAAGUCUACUGAAUGCUUGCCAACUACACGGUAAUAAGGGACUUGCUGUGAUUUCUGCCAAGAAGCUUGUUGAACUUUGUCCCAACGAUCCUGCAACGUACGUAUUGCUAGCAAAUGUGCUAGCAUUGGAAGGGAAUUGGAAGGACGCGGAGGGACAGCGGAAGCUUAUGUUGGAUAGAGGAUUGAGUAAGAAACCUGGUUAUAGCUGGCUAUAAUUCACAACAGGGUGGUAUCAUUACCAAUUGACAUAGUUCAAAUUCUACCGCAGACAAAAACUUGGUAUUUAAGUGAAGAAAGAUAAACGGUCAGGUCCGUUAUCCACUGAGUUUCCUUUCGUGCAUAACUGGCUCUCGGAGAUUUCUCGAUUAUCCUUUGUGGUAGGCUACUAGAAUUGGAACCAAUCUGUACAUACUAUACUCAUUUGAUUCCUGUAGGUACAUGCUGAUUGGGCUUACAAUGAGAGAAAGGUGAGUUUUUCAUUCUUUAGAUCUAGAGGUGACAAAAGUAGCUCAUGAAAUCAUAAUCCGCUCAAUCCGUUCAAGUUUGAAUUGAUUAUUCACCUGUUCAUUUA